UCUUCCUCCUCCCCACAACUUAAGCCCAACUUCUCUUUUCCAAAGACAGGGAAUAUAAAGAGCACUUCUCGCUUUCAUAACUUUUGUAGGAAACCCACAAGGAAUAUAGAGAACACUACCAUGACGGACUCCAACCCACCACUCUUCCAUCAAUAUGAGUUGCUUUUGCAAUCCAAAGCUCAAUUACAACUACUUAACAAUGGCAAUCAACAAAUUAACUCUGUCAUGGAGGAAUGUCAGCUUCCUCUUAUUGAUCUUACAGGUUUGGAAAGUAGCAAUGAAAAGGAGAGGAGGGCUUGCAGUAGAGAAAUUUUUGGAGCGUCGGCAGAAUGGGGAUUCUUCCAAGUGAUAAACCAUGGGAUACGCACAGAGCUGCUGAGCAGAAUGAGCAAGGAACAAAUGAAGUUAUUUGGGGUACCCUUUGAGAAAAAAUCUACAAGUGGGAUUUUGGAUCAUUCUUACAGAUGGGGAACACCGACUGCAACCCACCCAAACCAGUUCUCUUGGUCUGAAGCUUUUCACAUUCCCCUCACAAAGGUCUCUGAAGCUGCCUGCUAUGGCGAGUUCAUUAACUUAAGGGAAGUGAUGGAGGAACUGGCAACCGCCAUGUCGAAGUUAGCAAGAUCUUUAGCAGGAGUUUUAGUGGAGUGUUUGGGCCACCGAAAAGAAAUAUUUGACGAUAUCUGCGACGAAAGCACAUGCUUCCUCCGAUUGAAUCAUUACCCAAUCUGUCCAUUUCCCGGCGAUGUUUCCGGCCUGGUGCCCCACACGGACAGCGAUUUUCUUACCAUACUUCAUCAAGAUCGCAGCGGCGGGCUGCAGCUGAUGAAAGGAUCGCAAUGGGUGGCUGUGAAACCCAAUCCAGAAGCCCUUGUUGUCAACAUUGGAGAUCUUCUACAGGCUUGGAGCAAUGAUACUUACAAGAGUGUGAAGCACAUGGUUGUAGCUAAUUCGAUGCGGGAAAGAUAUUCGAUAGCCUACUUCCUCUGCCCUUCUUAUCAUUCUCCAAUUGGGAGUUGCAAACAGCCUUCACCGUAUAGACACUUCACUUUUGCUGAGUACAGAAAGCAAGUUAGAGAUGAUGUGGAAAAAAUUGGGUACAAAAUAGGUCUUUCGAAAUUUCGGCUCGUCAAUAUCAAUACCAAUUCAAACUCAAAUAACUAGCAACAAAUUAGUGAAAGAUGCGUACUUCAAAUCCACCUUCUUCAU